AUGAAGGCGUCUAUGUUCCUCGUCGGCGCUAGCGCCAUCUUGGCCUCGGCCAGCCCAAUCCGAAAUGCUCUCCAGGAGCGUGCCAUGAAGACCGAGUGGGUCUACGAGGUUGUCACCGUCGUUGUUACAGCCGAUCAGGAGAAGGCUAAGCCUACUGGCGUUGUCUUUAUGGAGUCUCCCGAAUAUGUUGCUCCUAAGCCUACCCAGGAGGCUGAGAAGCCCAAGAAGGAAGAGAAGCCCAAGCCCAAGAAGGAGGAGAAGCCUGCCAGCACCCCACCUCCCGUCACCAAGGAGACCGAGAAGGUCACUGUUGUCACAGUUGUGGCCCAGUCUGAGUACAAGGAGGAGCAGGUUUACAAGCAACCCGAACCCGUUGUCGAGAAGCCUAAGCCCGUCGUCGAGGAGCCCAAGACCACUGUCAAGAAGGUUGUCUCCAAGGCUGUUGAGACUACCAAGGCCGCUGAGCCCACCAAGGCUGCUGAGCCCAAGGUCGUUGAGGGUAGCACCCCUGACCUGUCCCUCGAUGGCUCCUACGAGAACAUUAUGCUUGCCUACCACAACAUUCACCGUGCCAACCACUCCGUUUCUGCUCUUGAGUGGGAUGACGAGCUCGCUGGUUACGCCGAGAACACUGCCAACGGAUGUGUUUUCGAGCACGAUAUGGACCAAGGCAAUGGCGGCUACGGCCAGAACCUCGCUUCCUGGGGCGCUACCUCCGACAUUGACGGUCUCAAGAACAAGGCUGCUGCUGGUGGUAUUACCAACCAGUGGUACGACAGCGAGAUGUCUAACUGGGCUUUCUACGGCCAGGACAACCCUCCUGAGGACAUGAACAUUGACCUCUACGGCCACUUCACCCAGGUCGUCUGGAAGGACUCCACCAAGGUCGGCUGCGCUACUGUCAAGUGCGCUGCCGGAACUGUCCUCAGCUUCCCUUCUUGGUACACCGUCUGCAACUACAACCCUCAGGGUAACUUCGGUGGCCGCUACGGUAACAACGUGCUCAAGCCCGAAGGAGCCAAGCGCGUUACUGUCUAA